AUGUUUCGUAGAGUAUAUGGCAGGAGUGAGAAGUCGGAGAGCUACUCGGAGAAAGAUCAAGAGGACGACGUGGAGGUUUGCGAGAUAUCUUUCCACGGUCAAUUGCCCAUGAAUUAUUUGCUGUGCGACUCGUCCAUCCUGAACACGGUGGAGACGAGCAUCCUGCGCAAGAACCACCCCAUGAAAUCGCAUCAACAAUUUCGUUGCGACGGUUGCGACAGGGCGUACACGAGGAUGGACAGCCUGAAACGGCACCAGGCCAAGUGCGACGCCUCGUUGGAGAAGCUUCAAGAGGAGGUGGAGUGGCUGCACAGGCAGAAAUUCUAUUGCAAUCAGUGCGGCAAAGGUUACAAGAGGCUGGACACGUUGAGGAGGCAUCAGAGAUUAGUUUGCGGCGACAAAGAGGGCGCCACUGCGCCCAACGACAAAUCGACCACCUAA